AUGGGUAUCAAAAGUUUCAUUCUUGUGGUUGCUCUAUUCGCACUACUGUUCGUAGUGCAAGCUGCCCCGACCGAAGAACAAGAUAAAGCACUCCCAGAUAUAUUGUUCAUCAAAAAUAUAGACACCCAUCCCACUAUUCUGAGUCCUUUGGAGGUUCUUCAAAAUAAUAUGGAGCGUAAUUCAUGCCCUGCUUUACUGUGCUCUCGUUUAUGUGCUAUUUUAGGCUUCAAAUACGGCAGAUGCGAUUCGAAUAAUGUUUGUGUAUGCAGUAAUACU